AGCCAGAGGGACAUGGGAGUUUGGCGGCGAGAGAAAGGGUGAGCCACAGGUUUUGGUACCGACAUAGAAUUCUCGGGGUUUUGGCCUGCGCGAGGGACUAGCAAGCCGAACUUUAAGAAGUACUACUUCCCCACUCAGAUACACCCCCGUUCUCGGACCCGCCUUAGUCUCCCUCUUGGGUCGGGCCCAGACUCGUUUCUUCCUUGAGUUUCCCGCGGGAACUAACCCUUGAAGAUGACCAACCGCAGCUGAGAGUUUUGACGGCAGGGCCAACCAGAGACGAGGUGGAAGAGGCGGGGUUGGAGCCGGCUCAGCGUCGGGAAGAGUUUUUCCUUUUCUAUUUUUCCUAUAAGGGGCGAGCUGCCCCUUCUGGGUCCCUAAGGGGAGCAAGGGGGUCACGGGGGGAUGCAGAAGCGCACGGACCGUACCCCGCUCGGGUGGGGACCUCGCCGAGGCCGGGCUUACCCUUCAGCAGGCCCCUCCGGGGGUCCGGGCCCAGCCUUGUCGCACCAGACGCCUCUGAGCUCCUCAGGACCACACGCCAGCUGCCUAGACCUGUGGAGGGAAAAGAAUGACCAGCUAGUGCGACAGGCCAAGGUGGCUCAGGACUCGCGUCAGUUUCUGAGGCGACAGCAGUUGGCUCAAGAUGCGCUGGAAGGAUUCAGGGAACUCCUCCACAGCUUGCAGGGUCUCCCUCCAGCUGUUCCUGUCCUCCCCUUGGAAUUGACUGUUACCUGCAAUUUCAUUACUGUGAAGGCAAGUCUGGCCCAGGGUUUCACUGAAGACCAAGCACAGGAUAUCCAACAGGGCCUGGAGAGAGUGCUGGAGACCCAGGAGCAGCUUGGGCCCAGACAGGAAUGUGGGCUCAGGGGGCUGUGGGACUCUGUUCUCCAUUAUUCCUCUGUUCUGCUGGAGCUACUCCCUGCCCUUCAUCACCUCGCUGGCCUGCAGGCUGCCCUCUGGCUAAGCACUGACUGUCUUGGAGACCUGACCUUGCUGCUGCAGACCUUGAAUGGUAAUCAGAGUGAGGCCUCUGAGGAUCUGUUGCACCUUCUGAAAACUUGGAGCCCCCCAGCUGAGGAGUCAGAUGGUCCAUUGACUCUGCAGGAUGCCCGAGGCUUAAAGGAUGUCCUUCUUACAGCUUCUGCUUAUCGCCAAGGCCUCCAGGAGUUGAUCACAGGAAGCCUGCCCAAGGCACUGAGCAGCCUGCAAGAAGCAGCCUCAGGUCUGUGCCCAAGGCCUGUGUUGGUCCAGGUGUACACAGCCCUGGGGACCUGUCUCCGUAAAAUGGGCAGUCCACAGAGAGCUCUGCUAUACUUGGUUGCGGCCCUGAAAGGGGGAUCACCCUGGGGUCCUCCACUUCUGGAGGCCUCCAGGCUAUAUCGGCAACUGGGGAACACAGCGGCAGAGCUGGAGAGUCUGGAGCUGUUGGUUGAUGCCUUGAGUGUCACUCACAGUUCUGAAGUCCCCCAGCUUUUCAUUGAAGUAGAGUUACUACUCCCCCAACCUGACCCAGCCUCACCCCUUUACUGUGGCACACAGAGCCAGGCCAAGUACCUGCUAGCAAGCCGAUGCCUACAAAUAGGAAGGGCAGUGGAUGCUGCAGAGCAUUACUUGGACUUGCUGGCUUUGUUGUUGGAUGACUCUGAGCCAAAGUUCUCCCCGCCCCCUUGUCCCCCAGGGCCCUGCAUGCCUGAGGUGUUCUUGGAGGCAGCAGCAGCACUGAUCCAGGCAGGCCGGGCACAAGAUGCCUUGACUGUAUGUGAGGAGCUGCUCAGCCGCACGUCGUCUCUGCUUCCCAAGAUGCCCCUGCUGUGGGAAGAUGCCAGAAAAGGAACCAAGGAGUCACUGCACUGUCCAUCUUGGGUCUCUGCCAUCUACAUGCUUCAGGGUCGAGCCUGGGUGCAGCUGGGGGCCCCAAAAGAAGCAAUUAGUGAAUUUAGCCGGUGCCUUGAGCUGCUCUUCCGAGCCACACCUAAGGACAAAGAACAAGGUCCUGCUUCCAACUGUGAGCAGCGGUGUAUGUCAGAUGUGGCACUACAACAGCUGCGAGUAGCUGCCCUCAUAAGUCGUGGACUGCAAUGGGUGGCCAGCGGCCAAGAUACUAAAGCCCUACAGGACUUCCUCCUCAGUGUACAGAUGUGCCCAGGUAAUCGAGAUGCUUCCUUUCACCUGCUUCAGACACUACGGAGGAUGGAUCGGAGGGAUGAGGCUAUUGCUCUCUGGUGGAGGCUGGAGGCCCAAGCUAAGUUGCCACAGGAGAAUGCUGCACGGUCUCUCCCCCUGUACCUAGAAACCUAUUUGAGCUGGAUUUGUUCUCCUGACCGUGAAACCCUUCUUGAGGAGUUUCAGACAUCUCUGCUGGAACCUUGUGACCCAUAGCUGCCAUGUUUUAAAAGGCCUGAACUGUGGGCCCUGUGGCCCAUUUCUCCGUGCUUUACCAUUUUUGGGGAAUGUGGGUGAAAACUAAUCUACGUAUAUAAGUCGGGUACUGGAGAGGUUGGAAGUAGUCCCACCAAAUUUGGCUUAGUUACUGCCGUUCUGGUUCCAGAGGAAACCCUCCCCCACCUUGCCAGCAAAAAGACACUGACUUUGCUUAUGACACCCUUUUUCCUUUUCUCCUUUUCUUGUGUUGAGUAAAAUCUCAUAUUUAUCUCUUGUUUGCCUACUACAUAUACUUGAGUGGGAAGGCUCACAGCUAUCUGAUUCAGUUGAGUGCUGGUUGUUUAAGAUGCCCUCUCCCAACAUCAUCUACUUUAUGAGACUGAGCUCUGGAUGGAAGAAAGUACUACAGGAA